UCACGUAUCGUUUUUUAAAAUGGCGUCGCUCGUGUAAACUCGCCUUGUUUAUAUUACGUUGUACAGAAGAAUAACCUUAAAACACGAGGUUAUCUAUUGAUAAGGUAACCCCUUUUUGUUUCUUUAUCAAAACGUAACGACCUUGUCUCUUUGUUAAGCAGAAGUGCUUCUGGAGGAAACGUAACGCUCUUUUCUGUCGCACUUGCUACGACGUGACCACCGCCAGGUUGUUACCACCGUUACCACCGCCAGGUUGAGUCAUGGAGGAGCCGAGUCAGAGUAACGAUAUUCAGGGGAACACGGAGGGCAACGUGGGCCUGGACGAGCCCAAAAAGAUGACCCGGGAGGACUGGAGGAAGAAGAAGGAGUUGGAGGAGCAGAGGAAGCUGGGAAACGCUCCAGCUGAGGUGGACGAAGAGGGCAAAGACAUAAACCCACACAUCCCCCAGUAUAUUUCCUCAGUGCCGUGGUAUAUCGACCCAUCCAAAAGACCUACACUUAAACAUCAAAGACCACAGUUUGAAAUUCAGGAGGAGUUUUCUGCCAUUGGAGAAUGGUAUAAAAGAGGAGUGCAAGAGAACAACGUUACAACUAAAUAUCGUAAGGGUGCCUGUGAGAACUGUGGCGCAAUGACGCACAAGAAAAAGGACUGCUUGGAGCGCCCCAGAAAAGUUGGGGCUAAAUUCACGGGCACCCGCAUCGCACCGGAUGAACAUUCUCAGAUCCAACUCCACCUGGACUACGAUGGAAAGCGAGAUCGCUGGAAUGGCUACAACCCUGAGGAACACCAGCGCAUCGUGGAGGAGUACGCCAAAGUAGAUCUGGCCAAAAGGACACUAAAGGCUCAUAAGCUUCAGGAUGAGUUGGCUUCAGGAAAACUGGACCAAUCAGAGCGCGAACAUGACAGCGAGGACGAGGAUGAAGAUAAAUACGCAGAUGAUGUCGACAUGCCGGGUCAGAACUUUGACUCCAAGAGAAGAAUCACCGUCAGGAAUUUGCGUAUCAGAGAAGACACAGCUAAAUACUUGCGGAACCUGGAUCCAAACUCUGCCUACUACGAUCCAAAGACGCGAGCAAUGAGAGAGAACCCGUACUCCAGCACAGGCAUGAACCCAGACGAAGUGGGGUAUGCUGGGGACAACUUUGCCCGCUAUACUGGAGACACCAUAACCAUGGCUCAGACGCAAAUGUUCGCUUGGGAAGCCUACGAGAGGGGCUCCGAGGCGCAUCUACAGGCCGACCCCACCAAGCUGGAGCUGCUUCAUCGGUCCUUUAAGGUCAAGAAGGAGGACUUUAAAGAGCAACAGAGGGACAGCAUCCUGGAGAAGUAUGGAGGCCAGGAGCACCUGGACGCGCCCCCCCGAGAGCUGCUGUUGGCUCAGACAGAAGACUACGUGGAGUACUCCCGUCACGGCGCUGUGUUGAAAGGUCUUGAGAAAGCCAUCGCUCGCUCCAAGUACGAAGAAGACGUACUCAUCAACAACCACACCUGUAUUUGGGGCUCCUACUGGAAAGAUGGCUUCUGGGGAUACAAGUGCUGCCACUCCAUGGUCAAGCAGAGUUACUGCACGGGCGACACUUUGAUUGGAAUUAGCAACACAGAGUGUGUUCCAUUUGAAGACGGUAUGAACCAGCCACUGGAGGAAGAGGAGGAGGAACCCAAGACUCUGCUUGAGAUGCAUCAGGAAAAAAUGAAAGAGAAGAAGAAGAAGAAGAAGAAGAGAAGGAAGAAUAAUAAGAACAAGAAGCCUGUCUCUGACAGCAGUGAUUCAGAGGAUGAAGAGAAGAAGAAAGAGAAGUUGAACAAGGCUCUGGAGGCAGAAGACAAGCGUGUGAAGCAUGUGGAAGCAAUGAUGCAGGUGGACGAGAGGAAGAGGCCGUACCAAAGCCUGCAGGAAGUGAAGGCCCCCACAGAGGAGGAGAUGGAGGCAUUCCGCAUGAAACGCUGCCGGGCGGAUGAUCCCAUGGCUUCCUUUCUCGGACAAUGACCUCUUCUUUUUCCUCGCUUCCAAGCUUUUUCUUCUACCCUUUUAGAGCUGUUGCUCUGUGGAACGGUGUCCCAAACCCAAAUUAUUCAACUGCAAGAAACACCAAGUGUCUCUUAGUUUGGAGCACAUUUUUUGUGAUUUUCUGUUGCACCAGGACUAAUAUUGGUGGCUGGGCAGUUCAUUUUCUAUAGAAGACAUGUUUUUUUAAGUAUUGUAGUCAAACCAAACUAGUCAUACGGUAAAGUUCCCAUUUCAGUCAAUAUUUUUGGUAAUAUGAUUGUGAAUAUUCAUUAGUUUCACGGACAUUUAUGCUAAGAGCCCAAAUCCCUUAAAAACAUAGUUUUAAGGACCAUCAAUGCCAUUUUUGAAAACAUUUCUUGUAUAUUAAAUAUUACACAUUGAUCAAUCAAUCAAUCAAUCAAUCAAUCAAUGUUUAUUUAUAUAGCCCUAAAUCACAAGUGUCUCAAAGGGCUGCACAAGCCACAACGACAUCCUCGGUACAGAGCCCACAUACGGGCAAGGAAAAACUCACCCCAGUGGGACGUCGAUGUGAAUGACUAUGAGAAACCUUCAACUGGAAACACCAUUAAUGAAAAGAAGUGAUGAGUAAAUGACACACUCACUAGCUGAUACUGUGUUGGUGUUUCUUAAAGGUCAUCCGCCAUCUGCUCGAUUAAAAAAAAGUCACUACUUGGGACCUGCAAAAAAAAUUGUUAAUUUGCAAAUAUGAUUGUUGUUUUUUUCUAAAUAAAAAGAUGUGCAGAAAGGAAUACGAACUGCACAAUUUUGGUCAAUUAGCCAAAUAAUAAACAAGAAAAGAAGAACAUUUAACUUAUGUGACGCUGUAAGAUUAAAAUUAUCGCACACUUUUGAAUUUUUCCUUUUCCUCGGUGCCAUUUAUUGCUUUUUUU